UGACAGGAUGUCGGGCAGCAUUAGAUGCGGAAAAAGGUUGUAGGCUGAUGUAGUGACAGGAAAGCAAAAUACGUAUGGGGGACCAGAGAUCAUGAUUUCUUUUGGAAAAUAUGUCAGCAAUUUUGUUAAAACUGCAGUUUCAUCUAUAUCACCUAAUAAAAUAAUAGCAUACACCAUAAGUCAAUAUGAAUCCGAAUAUCAAGACUGUGAACGAUUACUACAAGAAAAGUCGAUUUAUUACUUUUACGAAGUGGCAAACCACUUUGAUAUGGUGUAUUUGCCCGGACUGGUUGGCAGCUCAAGUAGUGGUGAAAAUAUAUGUGCUUACAGCUUAUUCCGAUUCCAAGGUGAAGAGGAAGCAGGUGUUGCUAUGUUUUCACGAAUCAUGGAGGUCCUUGAUCCUCUGCAUUUGGUCUGCAUAAGCGUGGGUUUAACCAUCGAUCGUACUUGUUUGGAGAAAGUAACUACUUACUCUCGAAACAACUAUGGUUGGGGAGCUGCUCACGUAGCUGCAGCAAUUUCCUGGCGCGAGCUCUUUCUUGGUGAGCCUGUUAGAAGACUUUUGAAUGAAUAUGAUCCUAUCUCCGGUCUAACUCCAUUAAGAAUCGCUAUAAAGGAAAGAGAUGAAGAAACUGUUCGCUUUUUGGUAACUUUGGACAAUAUUACCGCAUUUGAAAGCGAUGGAUAUGGGAAUACUGUGAUCCACUUGGCUGCUGAACACGCUUCCAAGAAAAUGUUAUGUCUUCUCCUAGAAAACGUCAAAGGUUUAAAUGUCAAUACAUUGAACAUAAAUGGUGAAUCACCGUUGCACAUUGCCUGUCGUCUUAAUUCUUUGAAAUGUGUAGAAGAAUUGUUAAAAGCUGGUUGUAAUCCGCUGGCUGGUGAGGCUGAAUUAUUCCCUAUGCACAUCGCUGUUAACAACGACUCAAUUGAGUAA